CGUUGUUGCGCAGCGGUGUGUUCAAUCUGAUGAAAUCUGAAUGUUAUUGAAGGUUAUUGUUGUUUUGUUUUUCUUGAAUUUCUCUGAUUUUUGGGUCAGAUUAAACGAACUUAGUGUACCCUAAUCUUGACGAGUAGGCUGCAAAAAAUUCUCUAUUCCCACAAGUCACAACCUCGGAACAAAGAUAGUUCAUUGAUGACUGAUGAGUCAUCAGUGAUGACAUGAUCUAUUCUCCUCCUCCUCAUCAACUACUGGUAACUACUUGAGGUCUUUCCAGGACGUGAAAAACAACAAGGCAAUGUUACGGCUUAUAACAUUCGCCACUCAUCAGCAAACUCAAGAAAUGUCCUUUCUACGCCGUCUAAUUUGCUACAGUCGUUACAUACUCCGAAAUCAUCAAAUUUUACUGGGUCGGAGAAAGGUCGAAGUUUCGCCGGAAAACCAGUCUGGUGUUCUUCUAAGGACCGAGGGAAAGAAGGGUUGCAAUAUUAUAGUUGGCGGAGGAAAUGUGGGCACUGCUGGCCCUCGAGCGUCAUCCGAACUUGGAGGAGCAGCAGGACGAUCGUCAACUGACAGUGGGGGGAGCUCCUUCUCAUCCUCGACGUUGUCACGAAUAGGACAACAAAUUCAUACCCAAGUGAGACAAAUAUUCAUCAAUAAUGUCCUCCGAAGGGCUACAACGAACCAGGAGGUUGCCAGAAAGGCGGCACAACGUCUGUUGUAUGGGGAUUCUCGCCCAUUUUUCGCCCUUGUUGGAGUGUCAUUGGCGACUGGGUCCGUCGGAGUGGUUUCUCAGGACAGCGAGUUUGAUGGGAUUUGUUGGGAAAUAAGGGAAUCAAUUUCAAGGCAAACAAAGGAAAGCAAUAUGUACUCCUCAUCAUCAUCGAUUGAAUUUGAACCAAUAACAUCUGUAUCCGAUUUGAAAUUUGGACCAAUUUUAAAUCAAGGAUGCAAUGCUGCGGUAUACGCUGCAAAUUACAAAGAUUCGACUGAAGCUGAAUGGGUUCUUGCGGUUAAAAUGAUGUUUAACUACGACAUUGAGUCCAAUGCUUUUUCAAUUUUGAAAGGAAUGGUAAAAGAGAUUGUACCUGCUCGUCAAGUCGACUUGAAAAACCUUGCUGAAUUAGACAAAAGUCUUUUCGAAAAUGUGAAGCGAUGCCCUCCCCAUCAAAAUAUCAUUGAUAUACACCAUGCUUUUGUGGAUAAAAUUCCAUUGUUGGAGGGUUUGCAGAGGUAUCCAAAUGCCUUACCCCAAAGACUAAAUCCAGACGCCGGAUUUGGACGAAACAUGAGCUUGUUUUUGGUUAUGAAAAGAUACGACACCAAUCUACAAGAUUACUUAAAAAAUACGGAUCUGACACAUCGCACAAGAAUGUUGAUCUUUACUCAGAUUUUAAGCGGAGUUAGUCAUUUGGUCCACGCUGAAAUUGCCCACCGUGACUUAAAGACCGAUAAUAUCCUAGUAGAUGUGUCCCAAGGAUAUAUGUUCCCAGAAAUCGUCAUUUCAGACUUUGGUUGUUGCUUGGCUGAUAAGUCUAAUGGACUUUCACUGCCAUUCAGAACAGAGUAUAUCGAUAGAGGUGGAAAUGCAGCUUUAACCGCUCCAGAAAUUUCGACUGCUGUACCCGGUGCGUGGAAAUAUUUGAACUACAAAAAUUCGGAUGCAUGGACAUGUGGUGCGAUUGCAUAUGAAAUAUUUGGCAACCCAAAUCCGUUUUAUGGAGAAAACCACCUUGAUGGUAGAACGUACACUGAUAACGACUUGCCUACUGUUAAUCAUGCAAAUCCAAUUGUGCAGAAAUUGAUUAAAGGCUUGUUGAAACGAAAUCCAGAUCAAAGGAUUUCGGCAGAAAAAGCUUUCAACAUUUGCAUUUUGCUAUUGUGGGCACCCUCUGACUGGAUGGUGAGAAGUGGUGGUCGAUGCCCCAAUGAUGACGAUAUUCUUCAGUGGUUGGUUUGCUUGACUGCGAAAGCCUUGUCUCAGACAAAUGAAAUAUUAGAAUUUAAAAUUAUGAGAAGCUUCUUGAAAAAAGUUAAAUUUUCUUCAUUGAAAUCCGCCGUUGUUUGGAUCGCGCAAUCCCAAGAUUAAAGUGGUUGGAUUUCAAUCAUUUUUAUGAAUAUAAUCCGAGAUUGUACAGCUUAUUUAUUGAAAAAUGUUAACUGGUAACUAGUCUAUACUAAUUAAGUGAAAGCCGAAAAUAAUCAAUUAUACUGUGCAGUUUUGUUGUAGAUGAAGACUAUGCAACAAUAAAGUUCGCAUUUCGAUAUGCUUAUUUCAA